UUUUAACUAAAAAAUGGAAAAUCGGUUAAGAGUGAUUUGUGAAGGCGCUAUUACAGCAUGCCUCACAUUCCAACCUCGGCAGGGCGUGGCAAUGCGCGCGACAGGCGGCGGGCGGAAGGCACGUGAACGCUCACGUGACAACGGGCAACAAAAAAAAAAAAAAGAAAGAAAAAUCCAACACAGGAAACAAAAUGGCGGCGACGGGCGACGACGCCGCAGCGAUGGACAGCAUCUCCCGGGCCCCCACGGCCCACCUGGCAGCCCUCAACGCGGCGGCGAGCCCCGGCGGCCCCGCGGAGGCUCCGGAGCAUGUGGCGGAAAGCCCGGCGCUGCCUCCCAAAAAGCCCGGCACGAGUGACGGCGGCGUGGAGACAGCGGAGGAGGCCGUGGAGCCGGCGGAGCUCGACAUCAACGAGCUGUGCAGCGACAUGUUUGAGAAGAUGUCCGUGUUCCUGCAGGGGGAACUAACAGGGACGUGUGAGGACUACCGCCUCCUGGAGAACAUGAACAAGCUCACCAGCCUCAAGUACAUGGAGAUGAAGGACAUCAGCAUCAACAUCAGCCGCAACCUGCAGGACCUCAACAACAAAUACGUCAGCUUACAGCCGUACCUGGACCAGAUCAACCAGAUCGAGGAGCAGGUGUCUUCACUCGAACAGGCUGCUUACAAACUGGACACCUAUUCCAAGAAACUGGAGGCCCGAUUCAAAAAGCUGGAGAAGCGAUGAGGAGCAUCGGGGGGGCAAAGACGCCGACCUGAGAGCUGCAGUGUUUCUUCACCUCCUUUGAGCCGGAAUAAGAAACAGUUUGACACCGAGGAGGAGGAGGAGGCAGCAGCUGAAGCCACAUGAAGAAGCGAGAGGAGAGGGACUCUGAUGAAGAACACGUGGUGGAGUCAGAAUGUAAUAAACCACUGAUAAGGAAGCAGAGACUUUGUAUGUAGACACUUACUGUACCUGAUGAAGCUUAAUCAAUACAAAGCCUUCUGAUCAUUUAAUUUAACGGACACGAGGACCCCGGAUGCUCCACCUUAUUUCUCCUGGUUGUGUGAAUCCUGCCUCAAGCUGGUUCCUUUAUGUUCACAGAGAACACAGAUAUUUAAUGAAUUAUUGUUUAACUGGAGAUUUUGACACUUAAAACUGGAGGAUUCUUUUUUUUAUUUAAUAAACUCCUUGUUAACGUC